AUGGCAGGGAGCUCAAACAGCUCCAAGAACAAAUGCAAAAGAAGCCACGAAGAGAUAGACAGACUGGCCGAUCUUUCCGACGACCUUCUGCUUCGCGUUCUCUCAUUCCUCGACACCAAAUCCGCGUUCCGGACCACCCCGGUGUCCAAGAGGUGGAGAUCCUUGUGGAAAGAUGUCACCGUCCUCCGUUUCAGAAGAGAGUCCUUCCCCGGUAUGUCUAGCUUCACCAAACACCUGUACGAUUUUCUGUCCCACCGCUCCAACUCUGCACCUGUAGAGAGCAUUGCGAUCGACUUCCCCUGGGAAUGCCACGGAUGUUCUGCCAUCAGCAGCUUCAGCACUUGUCCAUCAGUGGGUACUUCACGUUCGAAUUGGGAUGGAUUGCUGCUUCCAUCGCUCGCCAUGGUCACCACAAAUCUCUCGAGGCUCUCAAGUUGGAGGGAAUUUUUCUUGGAAGCUGUGGUGAGUUUGCUUUGGGCUUCGAAUUGCUUCAAACACUGGAGCUGCGUGGUUGCCAUUUGUCCCCAGGCAAUGAUCCUUUUGCCAAUCUCCCUUGUUUGA